GUUGACAGAAGCUAUAGUAGCAGUCGUAUUGUAUUUUUAAUUUUAUAAUUUUAUCGAAUCCAAAAAACCUCUUUCAAAAUGGAGUGUGAUCCGAUGAAUUCACACAAACACAAUCUGUGCAAGGAGCUUGUGUGCAUCGAGUAUCCAGGAAUUGUGCGUAAUCCUGAUCGAAUGAUUGCGUCCCUUGGUGGCAAUAUUGAACUCAGCAAUACCAUUUGCUCGGAGAAACGUCGUCUGGAACUCCGCCUGCGACCGGAUUCCAUCUACGCAAAGCCGGUGUUCGGUGACCGGAACAAUACAACGGGAAUUGUGUUCAAGCUCAAAAUUAGACGGAAACGGAAGCAACCCAACGAAGUUGAGGUCAGCUCAAUAGAAAUCGCAGGUCACGUUAACUUACUCUAUAAAUUCGAGAGUAUGUGUGAUUUUCAGCUACUUCCGGCGGCACGGAAUCAAAUGGGGAGAGUUGAGUGCGUGUACGAGAAAAUCGUUCCAAGUGGUGUUAUUGUCUCGCACCAGAUAGGAGAUAGCGGUCAUGUACCGUUUUUUAUGCCUCCCAUUUCCUUCAGUAGAUUUGAUAACGCCCAACUCAGUAUAUUUAAAUCGAAAGAUAUUACGUCGGAUCUGUUUAAUCCAGGGGAAAGAGAGCGAGCGCGAAGGACAAAGCAUGGAAUAUAUCAUUCGUUUAGUUUAUCAGAUCCGCUCCCCGCGGAGCCAAAUGCUCUGGCAAUACAGACCCUUCGCAGCAGGAAUGUUCAGGAAAGAACAAUCAGUUUGAUCACGAAGAGUUUUCACGAACGACCCGUCUGGACAAAAGCUGCACUUAAAAGCACCCUCCAGUUGAGCGAAGAUGACAUCCGUUAUGUGCUACCAUCCGUUGCCUAUUAUUUCGUAAAUGGUCCAUGGCGCGGAACCUGGACUCGCUUUGGUUACGAUCCUCGAAAGUUUUUCGAGUCUCGCUUCUAUCAGUUGCUAGAUUUCCGCAUUCGCUCCAUUGGUGACCUCCACGCUAAGGUGAACGUCAAACGGACACAUAAACCUACUAAACCUUGCAUGCGUUUUGCCAAUCCAGCAUCGAACACACGUGAUCCAGAGAAACCAAGCCUCAAUCAGUCGAUUGCGCCGAAAAAUAAUUUCAUCUUUACAAUGGACACUUUACCACAGAUGAGAAUAAUUUUCUAUCAGUACUGUGAUGUUCAGGUGCCACGAAUUCAACAGAUGCUGGAGAAGAUUCCAACACCGAUGACGGGGGCGAUUUGUAACGAGAAAACCGGGUGGUUGCCACCGCGGUUCGACGAACAGUGCCGAGACAUAUUGACCGAAAUAGUGCUGAACAAUUUUAGGAAAAAGAAGGAAUCUGAUCCCACCGCAAUGGAGCUGGACGAAACGGAGGAAGAAGAAACCGAGCUGACGUUCGACGAGGAAGAUGAUUCCGGGGAAGAAAGUGAGGAUUGAAAUUUCUCUAAAUGAAAAUGUCCAGAAGUAUGGGGAAACUAGCUGACCCGGCAAACGUUGUUCUGCCAUAUAAAUUAUUUCUGGUGAAUAUGUUGGUUGUUGAAUAAAAAAUAACUAAUGUGUUGUAAGUGUGUUUAAAUGUUUUAACGAUCUAUAAUAUUGAUCGAAGGUGAUCGAUAAAAUAUAAGGAAUGAAUUCAACGAUUUGAUCGAAAUCGGCUUUUGCAUUAUGAUAUCCAUUCAAUAGUACUUUAUAAUAGGUUAAUCUCUUCUUUACGCAAAAUAAACAUCAAGAUACAGCGCGGACUCGAUUAUAUACAGUCU